AUGGCUCGCAAGGCAGUUGAUUCGAGGAUUCCCGCCCUCAUUCGCAAUGGCUUACAAGAGAAGAAGCGCAGCUUCUUCGUCGUUGUCGGCGACCGAGCCAAGGAUGUCAUUGUGCAUCUACACUACAUAAUGUCGAGUAUGGACAUCAAGCAAAACAAAUCCGUCCUAUGGGCAUAUAAGAGCAAGCUAUUAGGCUUUACAUCUCACCGCAAAAAGCGGGAGAACAAAAUCAAGAAGGAAAUCAAGCGUGGUAUCCGCGAGGCGAACUCCGAAGACCCUUUCGAACUCUUUGUAUCUCUCCACGAUAUUCGAUAUGUCUACUACAAGGAGACGGAAAAGAUUCUCGGUAACACAUACGGCAUGUGUAUUCUCCAAGACUUCGAAGCGAUAACACCAAAUAUCCUCGCGAGAACAAUUGAGACCGUGGAGGGAGGCGGCUUAGUGGUCCUGUUGCUCAAGGGUAUGACGAGUCUGAAGCAGCUUUACACUCUGACCAUGGACGUCCACUCUCGAUACCGAACCGAAGCUCAUGACGACGUUGUCGCGAGGUUCAACGAACGAUUCAUCCUUUCCCUCGGCAGCUGCCAAUCUUGUCUUGUCAUCGAUGAUGAACUUAACGUGCUACCGAUCUCCGGAGGCAAAGAGGUGAAGGCGCUUCCGCCGCCCGACCUCGAUCAACCCAAGACCCCCGCGCAAAGGGAGCUAGAUGGCCUGAAAGAUUCUCUUCAAGAUACGCAACCUGUCGGCUCGCUCGUUAGUCUAGCGCGGACGGUAGACCAAGCAAAGGCUCUUUUAACCUUCGUCGAUGCCAUCGCGGAGAAGACAUUGAGGAGUACUGUGACUCUUACCGCAGCGCGUGGUCGAGGAAAAUCGGCGGCGAUGGGUGUUGCUGUGGCAGCUGCUGUGGCUCACGGGUAUAGCAACAUUUUCAUCACAUCACCAUCUCCCGAGAACUUGAAGACCUUGUUCGAGUUCAUAUUUAAGGGCUUCGACGCUCUCGGAUACGCGGAUCAUAUCGACUAUACCAUCAUUCAGUCGACGAACAAGGAUUGGAAUAAGGCAAUCGUUCGUGUGAACAUCCACCGCCAGCAUAGGCAAACAAUUCAGUACAUCCGACCACAAGAUGCUCAUGUCCUAGGCCAAGCGGAAUUGGUGGUGAUCGACGAGGCUGCCGCCAUUCCUCUUCCGCUCGUCAGGAAGCUUAUGGGCCCCUAUCUAGUGUUUAUGGCGUCUACUAUCAACGGUUAUGAAGGCACGGGUCGAUCCCUGUCCCUGAAGCUCAUUAAACAGUUGCGGGAGCAGGCGCACGCUAAGAAUGCCAACGUGGCUCCGGACACGCAAGUGGCUGAUCGAUCUACUGGCAAGGCGGCCAAGAGCGAGUCCGUGCCUUCUAGUGGACGGUCUCUAAGAGAAAUUACCCUCUCCGAGCCAAUUCGAUACGCGCCAGGCGACGCCGUUGAAAAAUGGCUCAACAGUCUCCUCUGCCUUGACGCAACCUUGCCUCGAUCCAAGAACACCAUCCACGGUUGCCCCGACCCGUCACAAUGCCAGCUCCUCCACGUCAACCGAGAUACCCUCUUCUCCUUCCACCCGGUCUCCGAAAGGUUCCUCCAGCAAAUGAUUGCGCUCUACGUGGCCAGCCACUACAAAAACUCGCCAAACGAUCUUCAGCUCAUGAGCGAUGCGCCGGCUCACGAGCUCUUUGUUCUAGUGCCGCCUGUGUCCGAAGAUAGCCAAAAACUACCAGAGCCUCUUUGUGUGAUACAGGUGGCUUUAGAAGGUCAGAUUAGCCGACAGAGUGUACUCAACAGCCUGGGACGUGGGCAGAGGCCUGCGGGAGACCUUAUUCCCUGGCUCGUAAGCCAACAGUUCCAAGAUGAAGAGUUCGCGUCUCUAUCGGGAGCGAGAGUGGUCAGGAUAGCUACAAAUCCGGAUUAUGUCUCGAUGGGAUACGGAUCUCGGGCCCUGGACCUUCUAGUAAAUUACUAUGACAGGAAAUUUACCAAUCUCUCGGAAGAAGAGCCAAUGACCUCCGCCGAGGAAACCUUCCCACGAGUCACCGACGACGAGCUCGCAGGAGCGUCACUCCUCGACGACAAUAUCAAGGUCAGAGACAUCUCCAAGAUGCCGCCUUUGUUCGCCAGGCUCGAGGAGCGACGACCUGCCAGCGUAGAUUAUGUCGGUGUUAGCUACGGUUUAACGCCGCCGCUCCACAAAUUCUGGAAGAAGGCCACAUUCGCGCCGGUGUACCUGCGUCAAACUCCCAAUGAGUUGACUGGAGAACACACUUGCGUGAUGCUCCGGCCUCUGGAAAGCAGCGGGGACCAAAGCUGGCUCGGAGCAUUUGCACGAGAUUUCCACCGCAGAUACCUGUCGCUCCUUUCUUACGAUUUCCGUACUUUUGCUCCGAUCACAGCUCUGAGCAUUGAUGAGUCCGCCAUUGCCGGUGCACGGCUCGACAAGGCCGAGGUCAAGCGCCUUAGGAAGUCUGAGCUGGACGAGCUUAUGACGCCGUUCGACCUGAAGCGCCUCGAUUCGUACUCGAAUAACAUGUUCGACUAUCGUGUCAUUCUUGACCUCGUGCCAACACUCGCAAUGCUCUACUUCAGCGGCCGGUUAAGAUCAGACAUCAAGCUUUCGGGCCUGCAGCAGUCCAUUCUCCUCUCAGUCGGCCUUCAGCGCAAGGACAUGGAUACCAUUUCUCAGGAAUUAACGAUCCAGCCGGAGCAGGUUCUGCCGCUCUUCAACAAGAUUAUCCGCAAGAUUACUGCGCACUUUGCUGCGCUAGUGGAAGGUGCCGUCGAGGCGGAGAUGCCCAAGCCCGAUAGCAUUGGCGUAAGCCGUGAGAACGCCAGUGGAGCGCAUGACGAUGAGCGUGUCAAUGAGCGGUUCGAGCCAUUCGCAAUCUCGCUAGAAGAUGAUCUCCAGGAUGACUCGGCGCUGACCGAGGUGGAGAAGAAGAAGCGAGAACUUAUCGACUCGCUUCCUCUCGACCAGUACGAAAUCGAAGGUGAUGCGCCGGGCUGGGACGAUGCGGAGAAGCAGGUCAUGAACGCGGCGAAGCGAGGGCAGAAGAACGUAGUUGUCAGCGUUAAGUCAGGCAAGACAAAGCGCAAGGCCGGACCAACAGCGGCGGAGAUUUACGAUAAGGAGAUUGGCGAGAAGGAGAGGAAAAAGGUCAAGCUGGGAAGGAAAGCGAAGAUGAGUUAA